AUGUCUGAAAAGAUUGAAAAGGAUGUUGAAGAGCAGAUUUCUGGGUUGGAUCUUUCUGAAUAUAAGAACAUUGAGCUGUCAAAAAUAACCAAGAAGGAUAUAGGACAGAAAAUUCGAACUUUUGGAUGGGUUUCAAAUGUAAGAUCCCAGUCUGCUAUAACAUUCAUUGAGUUGUAUGCACAUUACAAGACAGUAAAGUGUGUAUAUCAGAAGAAGAUGCAUCUUACCAUAUGCACAUCUAUGACUGUUUAUGGAACAGUAUCAAAAAACUUUGGGAAGAAGGAUGCCCAUGAGUUUGAGAUACAAGUUGAGGGGGUUGAGAUAUACAAUGAAGCCAUAGCACCCUCUUUCCCAUUGAAUGAGGAGUCGUCAGUGAAUGCCAUACUCACAAAUGGCCAUCUUGCUCUUAGAACAAAAAAACGCCAGCUAUUUCUUAAGGCAAGAAGCCACCUCUUGAAGAUUAUAAGAGACUUUUACUUUGAGAGGGAAUACACAGAGAUCACUCCUCCAACAAUGGUUCAGACACAGGUUGAGGGAGGAAGUACGCUGUUUAAGUUGGAUUACUAUGGUGCUGAUGCCUACCUGACUCAGUCGUCCCAGCUUUAUCUUGAAACUGUGGUGCCUGUCUCACAUCGUGCUUAUUGUAUAAUGCCAUCCUACCGGGCUGAAAAAAGUAGGACGAGAAGACAUUUAAGCGAGUACACUCAUGUUGAAGCCGAACUGGCAGAUGUUGAUCUAAACGGGCUUAUAUCUUCUAUUGAGGCUUUAAUAUCAUAUUCGAUGAAGAGAUUCUAUGAAGAUAUGAAAGAGGAUAUUUUGAAUGUGUUUCCUAAUUUUGAAUUCCACAAGGUUCCGGAGGUCCCAUUCAAGAAGAUUAAAUAUCCCGAGGCUAUUGAGUUGUUAAGAAGCAAAGGAUAUAAGAAGGAAGAUGGAGCAGACUUUGAGCUUGGAGAUGAUAUUCCCGAUGCUGCUGAAAGAUAUCUCAUUGAAGUUAUUGGGGAUGGACUACCCGUGUUUUUAACACACUUUCUUGUGGAACACAAACCUUUUUAUAUGAGAAAGGACGAAAACGAUAAGAACCUAACAGAAAGUACUGAUCUUCUGUUUCCAGGAAUUGGGGAGAUUCUGGGAGGGUCAAUGAGACAAGACACCUAUGAAGAUCUAAUCGAAGGGUUUAAGAGGGAAAACAUAAGUAUCGACCCAUACUACUGGUAUCUUGACAUGGCAAGGUUUGGGCCAUGCAGACAUGGAGGAUAUGGCCUUGGCUUCGAAAGGUUCCUGAUGGGUCUUAUGAAAUAUGAAAACGUCGACGAGGCAACGCUCUAUCCAAGAAAGGUCUCCCGAUGCCAGCCCUGA